AUGCAGAAUCAACCACGAAAAGCUCCGACUUUGGAGAUCGCUCGAAGGCCAAAAGAGCCAUCGACGACAGGUGAAAUUAUUGAGAUAGAAACAAAUUUUAGACGAGUUAAAUUCAAUUAUCCUAAAAUUUACAGCUACACUUUCGAAGUUUUGACUCAAGGAAGAAAGGCGAAAAAAGAUGAAAUAUAUAAAGUUUUUCGUAAUUUAUAUGAGAACAAACAAUUUGGUCCGAACGCUUUCCCUGUGUAUGAUGAAACUAUGAUUUACUCCUCCGUCGAAUGCGGUAAUCAAAAGCGUUUAAAUACCAGUGUAGAUGGAAAACAAUACAUUGCUACCCUUAAAUAUAGUGCCGAGAUCGAUUUUAAUUUAUUAAAAAAUUAUAUUGAACAAGAAAAUUGUGAAAUUCUGAAUAGUAAACUUCUAAAUCUCUUACGAGUGCUUAAUAUAUAUCUUAAUUCUGACGUUCGUUCAAGAAACUUAACUCUCGGCAGGAGAACCUUUCCAAUCCCCGAUAAACCACAAUAUUUAUAUGGUGGGCCUGAACUUAUGCUUGGAUUCUAUCAAAGCAUUCGUAUAGGAUGGAAUCAUUUACUUGUCAAUCAUGAUGUAUGCGCUACGACAUAUUAUCCAUCGGGAAAGUUGAUUAAUUUACUUAAUAUAAUUCUCUCUCAUGUAAACUUACGUAAAGGGCUUUAUGAAAAUGAUAUUCAAUAUCUCAGGCGAUUUUUAAAAAAUUUAAAAUUUACCACCACUUAUUCCAAAUCUGAAAAUACAAUUACCGAUAUUUCUUCACAAUCGGCCGAUAAAAUAACUUUUAACAAAGAUGGUGUGCAAACUAGUAUUAAAAAAUAUUAUGCAGAAUCAGAUUUACCAUUGGAAUAUCCAAACCUUCCGUGUAUUGUGGUUAAAAAAGGGAAUCGUACUAAAUUCUUUCCUUUAGAAGUUUGUGUGUUAUCUCGUGGUCAAAAACAUAAGACUGAUGAUCUCAAUCAACUUCAACAAGAGGAUAUGAUUAAAAAGACUGUGAUUGGGCCAAAAGAGAGAUUUGAUAAAAUAGAUAAAGGUAUUCAAAAAGAAUACAGACAUGGAAGCGACAAAAGGUUAAAAUCUAUUUCAUUUGAUGUUGAAAACAGUGGAUUCUUGAAAAUCAAAGCAAGAAGACUCCCUUCACCGGAAAUAAUUAUUAAUAAUAAACAAAUUACUACUGAAAAGGGUGAAUGGGAUGCACCUAAAUUUAAUGAGAGUGCCGGUUUAUAUAACUGGUCCGUGGUUUGCUUUGAUCUAGAAUUAAAAAGUUCCGCAAUUGAAUCUGCAAUCAGACUUUUGAAGGAAGUAUUAAUUUCAAAGGGUUUAAAUGUACCACAUAUGCCAAAGAUCUCACUGCAUAAUUGCCAAGAUUAUAAAAAAGCUAUAGUGAAAGCCGCUCAAGAUGCUAUAAUUGAUUCUUCAAAACCAACCCAAUUGAUUAUAUGUAUUAUUCCAAAAAAGCAACAAGAAGAAGAUUGUUUAUACGCAAAAAUAAAGAGGAUUUGCUAUUUAGAAUUAGGCAUUAUGAACCAAUGCGUUCUUACUAAGUGUCUUAAAGAAAAUCGUAGAUUAAGACAAGUUUUUAACAACAUGGCUUUAAAAAUAAAUGGUAAACUCCAAGGCAAAAAUUCUCGUUUGGCCGAUGGAUUACUUGAUUUCAAGGCAGAAAGAGCUCAUAUGGUAUUCGCUGCUGAUGUUUAUCAUCCAAGCAAAGAAGAUAAGAAAAAAGGCCGACCUAGUGUUCCUGCAGUUUGUGGUUCAAUGAAUGACAACCUAACAGAAUAUUCCUGCCGUUAUCGUAUGAAUGAAAAGUUAAGACACGACGUUGACAUUAUAGAGAACCUUAAUGAAAUGGUUUUGGAAUUAUUUGAACAACGUAAAGUUAAAGGAAGUCCACUUCCAGACCAAAUCAUCUUCUAUCGAGAUGGCGUUGGAGAAACGCAGUUCGAAACCGUUAUAACAGAUGAAUUGGAACCCUUACUUGUGGCUCUUGAAAAGUAUUACAAAUCUGAAAAUCUGCCACCACCAAAGUUAACAUUUAUGAUUAUACAAAAACGACAUCAUGCCAGAUUUAAACUACUCAAUGGCGAGAAUUGUAAGCAUGGUACUAUAGUCGAUACUGAGAUCGUCAUGAGUCAAGAGUUUAGUUUCUAUUUACAAUCUCAUGUUAGUCAGCUUGGAACUGCUCGUUCUGCAUUUUAUCAUGUGAUUCUAAAUCAGGGAAAUUUUUCUGCUUCUGAGAUUUAUAAUUUGACUUUUAGGCUCUGCUUUUUAUCUUCCAGUUCAAGACGGAAAAUGGCACCGUGCUGA